AUGGUUAUCCCAAUUCCACCUCAACCCUCUAAACACUCCUCACUCACCUCACAUCCUGCACACUCUCUAUCCAGCAAACGUCCCCCUCAAAUCCAAACUUCUUCACUCUACUGCAAAUCCCAGCGCAAAACAGCAGUAUCAUUCAGUUGUUCCUAUCUGCCGCAACAAUUCCACUCUUCAAGCAUAUCUAAAAACAUGAGUCUCGAUGACGACAGCAUUCGAUUAAAAUCGGCCUCCACUGCAUCUCUCUCUUCCACAAUCUCCCAUUCCCAAAUUAAUAAAGAACUCCCCCCUCUUCCAAAAUCAUCCAGCAGUAGGUCUAAAAAACACUCGGCAGUUUACCGAAAAGCUUCCUUUAAUGUUCCCCACGAAAAUAAAAAUUUGAAGAGCAUUUCCCGUCUCAACCACUCAUCUCCACAGAUUCUUCAAAGACCACCCAGCCCAGCAAGCAUAUGUUCCGAUGACAGCUCAGAUAGCUCAGAUUCUUAUGUUAUGACCCUUUCCCCAAACAACCCAUUUAUGCUCUUUAAUGCGGAAACCCACACCCCUAUUCUAAAUCAUAAUAUCUUUGAAACGUCACAUACUAAUGACGGAAUUUCACCCCCAAGUCCGGCUAACUUUAUCAGCAAAACUAAUCAAAACACUCCUCCUUCUAGAAACAUUAUGCAUGAAUCACAGGUUUAUCCGGAAAGUACUAUUAAUUCAUGCAACCUAGUUCCUGGUUUCAAAGAUAACACGCUUAGGCCCAUUAAUUCUACUCCGAGAAUUCAAGAUGAGUAUAUAGCCCCUGAUGAAAUGAUAUCGAUAAAAAAGACAGAAUCGCCUUUGACUGGUUUGAUUCAAAUUUCCGGAUAUGAGUCUUUGGAAACCGGUUCAGGGAAAGUUAGUGAAAUCCGCAGCCGCAAUGGAAGUGGUUACAAUGACACCGACAGCCGCAAUGGAAGUGGUCAUUAUGAAGCCAACAGCCACAAUUGCUGUCAAAACUGUCAAAGCUGUCAAAGCUGUCAGAAUUUAAUCUCUCAACCCCAAGAUUCUUUUACUCAUUUAUUGAAAAAUAAUGGCACAUUCCCCAAAGUCAACAGUAGUAAGAACGAUUUACGGAAACAAUCCAGCGCUUCUUUUUCAGCCACUAUUGUGGAUGAAAUAGCAACCCGACCAAACAAGCCACAGGUGCAGCAACCUUCUUGUAGCUCCUCAAAGCUUAACAAACCUACUUUAAAAGUUAAAAGGUCUGGUGAGGAAGUGUCCAAACCAGAUGUUGCAACAGCACCAGCAUCAAAAGCUUCUUCUCAUAAAGCUUCCCUCACACCAAGGAAAAGCGUUCCAUCAUUAUCUGAAUCUUUUCCUAUAAAUGCAAGUGCUCUCGCUCAACCUCCUUACACAUGUUCUUCUGCCACUGUCUACAAAACUCCACUUUUCCAAACACCUGUCAAUAUAUCUUCUCCUCCUUCUGCUCUUGUCAUUGGCCCUAUUGACUUUGCACCUGACGCCAUGUCCCAAAAUAAAAACUCUUUCUCAUCUCCAAUCAAGUUUGAAGACGUUUUGCUCACCAACAAUUCUCUUGAUUCCCCAAUGAACCAGCCUGUAUUCAUUGAAGCUGAAGUCAAUAUCAAGCGUACCUCUGCUUUGAGACACAAGCCCAAAGCUUUGGCUGGAAUCACUUCUCACCAAACUACUUCUUCUUUGAGUUUAAACAAGACUCGCGCUCUUCAACCUACAAAGCUAGUCACCCCAGAAGUCAAGCGCAACAGACGUCGCUCCAAGUCUCUUGACGCCUUUGCCAAUAUUUCUUCUUUUUCUUCUUCUUCCUCAGCUCGCAUUCGCUCUUCCCGUAUUGCUCCUUCCUCUGCAUCAAAAGUUGCUUACACUCAUCUUGCAUCACCUCUUACCUUUCAAAACACUUCAUCAGCCUCGUCUUCGAUUAAGUUUUCAGAAAAAUUAUUUAAUCAAGACGGUGACUUUAUUUCUAGAAGACCCUCUGAAAUUAACAAUGACAGCAAGUCUCCCAAUAUUCUCCCUCUCAAGCCGACUCAACCCCAGUCAGCCUCGUCAAAAGCCACCCAAUCCAUUCUUCUUCCUGAUCCCCUGCGUGAAACUUCCAAAAAGAGCCGCAGACCUUCUGACUCCACAAAAGCAUCAGGACCCACUAAAGAUUUGUCGUCACCUACACCUGUACGAUUGUCAUCCACUAAACCCAAACCAGAAGCACUUGCAUUGUCUGAUACAACCAAACAGAUUUUCUCUUCCCAAAUCUCUGCACCCAAAUCGCCUCUCACAAAGCCUACCAAGCUUUCAUCUGCAUCAACCUCCAUUUUCCAGGCAUCCGCUUCCGCCAUGGCUACAAACUCAAUUGGGUUUGUUGUUCCAGCCGUUUACGAUCCAAAGUCAAAUACUGAUGACCUUGCCUUGUCUCACAAUGGCAACCUUAUUCCCAUUGAAACUUUGAACAAGUCAUUUUUGAACUCCAACCAAAAGAGUUCAAAGAAAAUUCAAUACUCUCGCAACAAGAGUUCUGAUGACAUCUUUUCUAAUGAUUUUUUCAAACCCGAUGGAGACGCUUUUCAAGGAUAUUUUUCUUCUCCCUCUACACCAACUAAAUCCAAGCACAGCUUAAAAAGAGAAAGCAAUAGUAGUAAUGACUCUAACAACAACUUUUCUUACUCUUCGCUGGCAUCUGACUCGGGCUCUUCCACAAACAGCAGCACUCCUAAACCUAAAAAUAAAGGUCAUCGUCGUAGCAGAAGUAGCAGCGACUUUGAUACCACUUGGAUCGAGCGCAGAAAAACUCUUCUUGGUAAUAGUAGUCUUAAUCACACUGUUACUUCUCUGGAUGACAACAUGGGAGAUCGUACCGACGCUUGGAGGCUUUUAGACUCUAAUCGGAGGUUGCUGGAAAAUUACCCCCGUUCCUUUUCUCCAGUUAAUGCUGCCUCCAUACCUGUGAAACAGUCUCAAAAGGAAAAUUACACAUCCAAGCAUAAACCAUCCACUGAUACAUCGCUAACUCAAGUUCAAUCUUGUCAAACACACACCGAUUUAACUAAAAAGCCUAGUGUGUGUGCUUUCUCUGCUGCUAACAGCAGUCAUACCACUCUGCACUCUUCUACUUCUUCAUUUAAAUAUCAUUCCAGUACUGCAAAUUUCACCUCCAACUCCAACUCUUCUUCUUCAAAGCAACAGAAAAAAUUGAAACUAUCAAAGUCAACCAUGAAUUUUGAAACCAAACAACCAACUCGUAGAGAGUCGUUGCCUACACCUGUCGACACGGAUCUUAAUGUUCAGAAAAAGCUCCGUACCAAGUACAACUGUAUUCGCGAGCUCAUCUCUACUGAAGAAAACUUCGCAAAGGAUUUGAACAUUGUUUUGUCAGUCUAUGUCAAGUUUGCCAGCAUACAACCAUACAGCGAAUACUUGGACAAUCGUGAUUUAAUUACUCUGUUUGGCAAUAUUUCUUCUGUUUUGGCUGCUUCACAGCACUUUGUCAAGAGACUUCACAGACUUGUUCCUUCUUAUAUUGCAGAGGAAUGCAGCUUGGAUGCUUCUGAUCCUGACAAUCUUCUUAAAGACGUUCCAUCUAACAUUGGUAUUGUCUUUUUAGACUAUUUGCCAAUGAUGGAAAAGCCGUUUAAAGAGUACUGUGUUAAAAAUAAACACCAGAUGAAUACCUUUUACAGAAUCAAAAAUAUUGCAUGUCCCACCAUUGAAAAAUGGCUUCUUGAGUGUAAUGAACUUUGCAAACCUGUCACUGCUGCUUGGAGUUUGGACAGUUUGUUGAUCAAGCCUGUUCAGCGUCUUUUAAAAUACCCUUUGCUUCUUAGUUCCAUUUUAAAAAACACUCCAGAAAGCCAUUCUGAUUAUCUUUCUUUGAAACAUGCUUUGCGUGAGAUUGAAAGUUGUGCUCAAGGUAUUAAUAAUGAAGCUGAUGGCGCUUCUCCCAUUUCUCCUGUUGCAAUUGAACACUCCUUUACAGACACCCCACCUAGCCCCGAGUCGGUUACUUUUUCUCCAGACGACUCUCCAGCUAGUAGCAAUAGCUCAGCUGCUUCUUCAGUCUCCGCCAAUAAUCCUCCUUUUUCAUUCAACAGCCCUGAGCACAAUAACAUGAUGGAGCUUUUAAAGGAAAAUAGCGAUGCUGAUCUUGAGCUAAACAAUCUUAUCGAACAAUUUAAAACCAAAAACUUAGAUGUUAAAAAGUUCGUGGAUGCUAUCAAUAACCAUGUUUGCAAAAUUCAAAACCACUUUGAUGUCACUAAUAGCUUGGCUCAUUAUUGGAUGAACUGGGGUGCUCUUAUGGAUGACGAUGUGACUAGUAGCACUCUCACCAUUGACGAGCCCAUCAAUACGUUUUCUAGUCUCGAUGACACUCUUGAAACUACAUUAAAACGUGCCCUUUUGAGCAUUAAAAAGUAUCGCAGAUAUUCCAUGUUUUGCAGUCCAUUCACCACUGCUUCUUUUGCCCAUGCUUCUACAAACAGACUUAAAAACCGUGUUGACAUUGAGGUUCUUCCUCCUAUUUAUCAAGUCUUAAAUUUUUUCAAAAGAGUCGAAGGUUUGAUUGAAGAGCGCGCCCGCCUUCAUGUUCCUUUCCAAAAGUACAUUGCUCAAAAAAACGCUCAUAACUCUCUUUCUACUUCCACUCCAUUUUCCUCCUCCGGUUUGUCUUCUUCUUCUUCUUCUUUUUCAUCCAUGACUGAGUAUGGCCCCGAGUUUAUUAUGCGUCGCAAUGCCGAUCGAUUCUGGCUUAUUCAUACUAAGUUGAAGACAGAACUUCCCGCCCUCUUCAACCUGUCUAAGAAGAUGGCAGAAACGUGCUUGAUUAAGUUUUUGGAUGUUCAAAAAGACUGGUUCCGAAAUGCAGUUGACUCUACUUCUAAUGCUUUCCAGCUUAGAUUGGAGGAUAUUCAACAGAAUAGCAUUAAUGGUGAUCCUAUUGUGUCCUCCUUUUUAUCCAAGAGUAAAACAAAUGUGUCAAAGCGCAUUAUUGAACAAGAGUUGAAAAUUUGCCGCAAAGUGAAGCCAUAUUCUAUGAAGACACUGAAAGAUUCUAGAUCGUUUUCCUCUCUUUCUUCUAGUGGAGAGAGUGCCGCUGAAGACUCUUUUUUGUCUAAUGAAGAAACUGUUUUUGAUGAGUCUUUUUCUCAUGGCUCUAUUAAAUCUGUUUCUCCUUACAAGUCAGUGCUCCCCUCAAACCAGGGUGAGACGCAGUCAACCAUGGAUACUAGUUUUGGUUCUUAUGACAAGAGUAAUUCCAAGGCUCAUUCUACUCCUCGCACCAUUCAUAAAAAGGCAUCUUCUCAUUCUUUUUCUCGGUUAUACAAUGGCAAAAAUGAUGAUACUGAUGCGGAUUCUAAUUCCGAGUCUGAAGAGACAAAGCACGACAUUAGCGAGCCAUGCAUCAAACCUCCUUUUAAGGGUCCAAAUUUUACUUUCAAUUCUCCCACACACUAUAUUCCUAAAAAGGCUCGUUCACAAUCCCAACCCCACAAUACCUUUUCUUCUACCACUGCUGCAGCAAUUCAAUCAACGGUAGCAAAUACUACUGCAUCUUGUUCUCCAACCCCACCCACAGUCAAGACAAGAACUACUUCUUUGUCUGGAGUUUCAAGCUCCCCUCCCAAGCCCUCCAUGAACAGCUCGUCGCUGGCUGGAUCGAGCCACUCUCGUUUCCAUACUUCAGCUAUUUCUUCUGAUGACCUUAAUGACGUAACCCCCUCUCAUGAUGGCCAACCACGCCGCCAUGUGAGAAGAAAGAGUUCUCUUGGGGCUCUUUCUUCAUUGCUCCCGCAUAAGCUUAUGAAAAACAAUUACGGGUCUGCAAUUUAA